CAAGCAGUGAGCGAAGAAAUAACGCAGGAAAUAUUUACAAGAUUGUAUGUUUCAUUUGUCAUGAUUACUGUCAAGUUACAGAAUAACGAAUAUCAAAUUUCAGUGUGCGCAGAAAUCAGAAAGAGCUCUAUAUAUAAUUAUUACACAUCAGGUAAAUUUUUAACAUUGAAGUUCAAAUUUCAGGUAAAAUUCUCUAACCUCCCCCCAACUUCAGAUACUUCGCUACGUCCCUGAAAAUCAGAGCAAUCACCAUACAAUACUGAACCUUGCAGUUGUGUUAACAUAUCGACACGUUUCAGCUUUUUUUCCCAGCAUUUUAAUAACAGCAGUGUCAAUUGAAUGAGUAGCAUGUUAAUGUUUUUGUAGCUACAGUUAAAUGUCGUUUUGUUUAAAUUUAUACCUGCAUCAAUUACAAAAUUUCAGUAUUAUGAUCUGCCUUAGCUAAAUAUUUUGUUCUUUUUAUACAAUUUGCAGAUAAAAACACGAUUCAAAAUUAUGGUGAUAUGAUGCAAUGAUGCAUGAAUUUUGAACAAUUUGCUGAUAAUAGGUGACUUGUGAUAAUAUUGAUAAAAUUCUGAUGCUGUUAGAUCUUACAAUAAAUAAAAAAUGUUUAAAAAUCUAUCUUGACUAGUAUUAAAUAUAAAAAUAUUGAAGAACUUUGAAUUUAAAAGUUUUAUGAAAUCUGCGAUGCCAGCAAUUCACGAAAAGCUAAUAACUUUUAUACCAGAUACAAGAAUAUAUUUGUAACAAGAAAGCCAUGCAAUGAAAUUUUGAUCGGAAUUACUGAAUACCUCUAACCAUACGUCCCUACAUUUUUGUAGAGUGAAAUUUUGAAAAGCAAUAAAUUAAAAUCAUUAGUUGCUGUAUAUGCUUAUUAUUAAAACAAAACAUUUAUUAAUUAAAGUGGACUCAAUAAUAUCGUUUGGCUGCACCAUUGCUAUCAACCAUUGCUUUUAAAUCAAGUGAUUGGUAAUUAUAGCUAUUUAUUGGCACUGCAAGAAAGAUACUACAACUGUUUUAUUUUGACCAUUAUAUUAUAUUGUAACUGAAAAUUGACGAAUUAUCGGAAAUUUUGACCUAACAGAGGGCUAAAAACAUCCUUUUCGAGUGCAAAUGCGGGGGAGGGGUUGUCGAAAAUUUGAAAGUUUUGUCGGAACAUUAAGGAGCUGAUUACAUGGACCGGGCCAGCCGGGUUAACCGGGCUGAAAAAUGUCACGAAAAUCUUCCUUGGGCCACAAAACACGGUGGCCGUAGAAGACACGAAAUUCGGCAAGGGUCGAAUAACUUUCUGCCGUUAGUUCGUAAUAUCACGGAACUUCCUCACACGAUGGAAUUUGACAUUCCUGAAAAUCCUACGUUUUUUGUUUUUUGAUAUCGUUACAUUUUGGCGGGAAAAUGACGUUCCAACUUUGGCGCCAAAAAAAUAAACAGCAGCUAAGAACAUGCCAGUAAAUAUUUUUAAGAGAUUGUCUCAUAAGGAUCUCAAAACUGCAAAAACAUUGAACAUACAACGAGGCAGUCCGAAGAUAUGGCAAUUCGAAUUUCGAAAAAAAUCUAAAUUUAGUAACAAAAUGGCGGAUUUUUCAGAUUUUUAAGCACCAUAUCUCUGCAUUGCUUUGGCCUAUGUUCAAUGUUUUUACAGUUUUGAGAUCCUUACAGUACAAUCUCUUCAAAAAAGUGACUAGCAUGUUCUUAACUCAAAUGUAAUUUUUUGGCGCCAAAGUUGGAGCUUCAUUUUCCCGCCAAAAUGUAACAAUAUCGAAAAACAAAAAACAUACGAUUUUUAGGAAUGUCAAGUUCCAUCCUGUGAGGAAGUUUCGUGAUAUUCAGAACUAACGACAGAAAGUUAGUCGACCCUUGCCGAAUUUCGUGUCUCUUACGGCCACCGUGAAAUGAGUUUUGAAUCAGGUUUAGGGUGAUUUUGCAUCUAUACUAAACCAAUUAUUUAUCACAAAUUUGUUUUACGCGAGUUUUAAAACCACAGUAAGGUCCUAAACAAACGAGUCAGUCCGGUUAAACGCGACCAGGCACCAUGUAAUCAGCCACUAAGGAGGCUUUGCCUCCCCCCCCAAAGUGAUGUUCCGCCACUGCGGAAUAGGCUAGCCACAUGUACGCAGUUCGUAAUACAUUUUUUUUAUGGAAUGCAACGUCUUGGUGGUUAUUAUUUAUACUACAGGGUGUAUAAAAAAACGCAACCUCGAACUUUCCUAAGAAAUCCACUUUGCAAUUCUUAAGCAUCAAAGAUUUUAGGACCCUGGGAAUUGAAAUCGAAUUGCUAAUAUAUUAUAUUACUGUUGUUGUAAUGCACUUGUAAAAUAAAAACUUAUUAGGUGUCAUUAAAUAAAUGCAUAAAUUUUGCUUUAUGCACUCGCGUGUGCAGUAAUUUUGACAGUUGUGCUAUAUUUUAAAUUCCCAGGCACCUAAAAUCUUUUGUCCUUAAAACAAUGUUGAUUUCUUAGGAAAUUCCGAGGCUGCGUUUUUUUAUACACCCUGUAUACUGAUAUUAUACAGCUAUUUCAAUUAAAUUUGUCACUGAGACAAUCGACCGCCUCUAGACGCGCCUUCGAAACAAAGCAACUUGUCAUUGAAGACAGAAACAGUGAAUAUACUUUGUGGUCCCAGGGGUAUUCUCAACUGUCACCCUCAACACAACGUUAAGCUAAACACUAUCACGUCUUUCAGGCAAAGUGACCCAAGAUGAGCUGUUACUUAGAGUCCAAAUUACGGCAAACAUUGCAUCGAUCGCUUUAGCAGAACUUAAUCGCAAUUUGUAAGGUUAUUUGAAAAAAGAUUCAAACAUUUAUUACAGUAAUCAAAUUGCUUAAGGCCCUGUCACACUAUUGCGUAUCGUACUAGCGUAUGCCAGCGUAUAGCCGGUUUUCCACUAAGCGGAAUUUUUCUUUGUCUUUUCUAAUUAGUUCCACCCAAGAAAUCACAAGACAAAGAAAAAUUCCGGUCCGCGCGGAAAAUUCCGCCUAAUGGCAAACCGGGUUAUGAAAAAUAUCACUCAUACGCAGGUAUACGCUAACAUACGCUAGGGGUACGUUAUAAGGCAUAGGUUGUAUACGUUUUAAGCACGGUCGAGUACGGUGGCAUACGCUGGCAUACGGCGAGGCAGAACUUUUUUUUAAGCAUGCUCAAAAAUUUUGUGCGUAUCGGACGUAUGCUUUAUACGAUAAGCAUACUCUAGACACAGGCUGAAUACGCUAGAGGUACGCCAGAUGUACGGUACUCAUACGCUAGCAUUUCAAAGGAUUUUUGUGCGUAUGAAAACUAUUUCAUUAAUUUUCAUACGCUUCUCAAACGUUUCUCUCAUACGCAAUAGUUUGACAGUGCCUUAAGCGCCCAUUUUUGAGCUGAAAUUCAGACCGCGUCGUUGAGCUGGCCUAGAUCCUAACUGAUUCCCUAAUAGUCCGAUCUAAUAGUCCGAUGUGCAAUGUGGGCGCUAAAAGGAUGAUGUGAAUAAUCAUAGAUUUAAAUAAGUAUAUCAUAUCAGUAGCCUCGUGGGGAUACUUUUAGCGAAGGCUCUGAAUCCAAAUGAAGUUUUACAUAAAAUUUGGUUGUUUGUGAAUUUAAUUUAAUUUAAUUUAAUUUGAUUUGUCACAAUUCAUUUACAUACAAACAAGAUUGAUUACUGACACUAGUAUAUAGAACAUGCAAAAAUACAACAUAGGUAUGACUGGAGAGAGGAACAGGACUUGCGUCCCAAUUGACACCUAACUCCUAAUAAAUGAAUAUACAUCGACCAAACACAUUACAUGAAUAGGAAACCAUAGGAUAUUAUAAAGUUAAGAACAGCCAGGAGGGCUGUAAAAUAGCAGUCGUUCUUUAUACAUUUUACGUAGCCUGGAACUGAAUACAGAUAUUGAUGUACAACUCUUAAGUUGAGAUGAGAGGCUGUUCCACAGAUUUGCUGACCUUACAAAAACGAAUUUCUGAAGUAGUCCUGCUUAUGUUUGGUAAUAAAAUAGAAAUUGUUUUCGUCGUAAUGACGUGAUGUAUAGCCUGGAUCAUAGGCUAACAAUUUAAACAUUUUAAAUCGAACAUUUAACAUUUUAACAUUUUUUUUUAACAUUUUUAACAAUUUAAAUUUCGAGUUGUCGCGUAUGGCAUCGCAAUAAAUAAAUUGUAUCUUGGCUUGUUUCAAACGUCGCGCUACUCAUGUGCCGAACCCAUUAAAAACAGUAGAUAAUGAGAUGAAAUGCCCAUGGUAACUGUUUAUUUCUUAGUGUAAGCCAUCAGCUUUAUGAAACAGAAAUGACCAUGCCCAAAUAAGAGCUCUUGCAAUUCAACAUUUAAUAAACGAGUUACGAAGGAAUUGCUUAUCUCUUAAGGCCCUGUCACACUAUUGCGUAUCGUACUAGCGUAUGCCAGCGUAUGAAAAAUAUCACUCGUACGCCGGUAUACGCUGACAUACGCUAGGGGUACGUUGGGCAUACGUUGUAUACGUUUCAAGCACGGUCGCAUGCGUUGGCAUACGCUGGCAUACGCCGAGGCAGAAAAAAUUUUUUAAGCAUGUUCAAAAAUUUUGUGCGUAUCGGACGUAUGCUUUAUACGAUAAGCAUACUCUAGGCACACGCUGAAUACGCUAGAGGUACGCCAGAUGUACGGUACUCAUACGCUGGCAUUUCAAAGGAUUCUUGUGCGUAUGAAAAUUAUUUCAUUAAUUUUUCAUACGCUUUUCAUACGUUUCUCUCAUGCGCAAUAGUGUGACAGGGCCUUAAAAAACAUUGUUUUAAUCGACAUUUUUGAAAAAGUGCCUUCUCUAGGCUAUGACUGCUCUAGCCUGUGCCUGCUCUUACUGUUCUGAGCAGUCGGCGAUCCUAUGUAGUUCUUAUACAGUGUCUUUUUCAAUUUGAUAUUUUACACUAUCCAUGGACCCCUAGUUUCACACAUUGUUUCUAUUCUGAAAAUCCAGCAACAUUUCAAUGCGAGUUUGUUUACUUUUUGGCUUGCUGUCAUCGGUUCUUUUGUACAAUUGACGCUCGAAGAGGGCGUAUUAUGAAAAGGGGCGUUUUGUAAAAUACCCAGUCUUCCUUGCAAGCCCACUAUUCUUCCCUCGGUGGGCCUGCAAUUGUCCGAACAAAAAUAUAUACUAGCUAUACCUUUCCUCGAACAUAAUUUCGGCCCCUUCGGCCGUAUCUUCUUCGUAUAAUAGUCCUGUUCGAAAAAUUACCAAACACACUUUUUAGAGUAUUAUUUUCGAACUUGUAUCAUCAAAUUUCCAGCUUUUAUUACGGUAUUUACAUUUCUGGUCCGCCGUGAGAAUUAAUUGCAACCGGAAAUACAACUUCAAAACGUCAUAACAAUGCGACGUUUGUAUUCUAUGACUCUGGAAAUGCCAGAAAUCGAUUCUAGUGGUAAAAUUGCACACAUGCGCGUGACUUUUUACGCUUUUUAUUGGCCAAGUAUUAGUGCGCGGCACGCGCGUGCGAGUAAAACCCGAGAUUUUGAAAAAUUCAAAAUAAACAUUUCUACUCCCGUAUUCAAAAGAAACUUUCUACACGAAAUCACUUGAAUACAAAGGGUAUUUUACUCAUAUAGUCUUUGAGAAAAUAGCGAAAAGUUUAGAAGAUAUUCAAUGUGUUUUAGAUAUUUAACGGAACUGGCGGAAUACUAACGAAUUUUUUUUCGCUAUAAUUUAGAAAUUCAUCAACAAUACCAGAAAAAUGUCAACAACCAUACCGUGGGAAAACGAAGAGGAACGUAACUAUAUUUGUAUGGGGAAAAUUGUAAAUGGUGUUGUGAGCCAGGAAUUGAGAAAAAUAUUUAGACAAGAGUGGAACAAUCGUUACCAGGCCUCCCUUGGUGGAUGGGAUGAUACGAACGUAAGUGGCCAGCAAUUGUUUCAUCGAGAGAAAAAACGAUCAAGACCAAACAAAAAUGUUUACCAGGCAUUAUUUCAAGAUGGUGACACAAAUCAGUGGGAUUGUUCUGCGCUUUUUGAUGCAAUUCUUUACUCCAACUCGAUUGGUCAGGCAUGCCUUAAUCCAACAAUAAAAAUCGAGGUCAACAAUCUAAGAGAAUUACGAAAUGAGGUUAUGCACAAUACUGAAGGAAAACUCUCCAAUAGUGACUUUCGAACAAUGUCUACUCGCGUUAAAAAUGGAUUUAUCACCCUAGGACUGCCCAUCAAUGAAAUCAACCAAAUUACAUUUCAAAAAAACCGUUACAAAUCGUUUCAAGUUCUACCUCCAAAACCGACCCACGAAGUGGUUUACCGAUCUGAGAAGAUUAAACAAAUAAAUCAAGAACUUAAUAAAUUACACAGUGAUAACGAUGGUAAACUUACAUAUCUAUAUGUUUGUGGAAAUCCCGGCAGCGGAAAAUCUCAACUUGCUAGGCAAGUUUGCGAGGAUAUUUACAAAGGCAUAAAUUGGCUAAAUGAAACAACAUUUUUCAUGACAUUGGACGGCAAAAAUUUUGAUUCCCUUCUCUACUCAUAUGAACAUUUUUGUCGUCGACUUAACUGCAAUGAAAGUGUAUUGGAAAAUAUUAUAAAUUCAUCAAAGCCAAAAGAUGAAAAAAUCAAAGAUUUAAGAUCACAGAUAACCACUAGAAUUAAAAAUUGGAAGAGGUGGUGGGUUAUCGUGGACAAUGUGGAAAAUCUCGCGAACAUUUCCCUUCUACUACCACAAAUGGGCGACGAAAUUUGGAAUAAUGGUCAAAUUAUAAUAACAACACAAAGCAGAACUUCUGUCCCACCUGACAGUUUGUUCACGAAGCAAGUUUCUGUCGGUAUUGGUAUGAAUGAACAAGAAUGUCGCAAGCUUCUUGCUUUAUUAUCAAGAACUGAUGCCAAUGAUCCGUUGUUAGAUGACAUUGCAGAUAGGUUAGAUCGCCAACCUUUGGCAAUGGCCGCGGCGGCCGUGUACAUGAGAUACGUCAACGAGGCAAAUAGCUGUCCUAAUUUUUCGUGGCAAGAUUAUUUAGUAAAGUUAGAGAAAGGAAAAAGACGAUUAACAGAAGAAUGUCUUCUCCAAAUAAAUUCAUCGUAUCCGUCCGCCAUGUCAACAGCUGUGCUUUUAGCUGUUCAAAAAUGUUCUGAAAGUAAUAUCAUUUUGAGUCGCGCAUUCUACUUUUUCUCCCUAACUUCUUUUGACCCACUACCACUUGAUCUUAUUGUCCAGUACAUUCAGCGUCAAGGUGGUGAUCUAGAUGCAGAGGAUAUCCGUCUUGCAAUUAAACGUUGUUCAUUGUUUCUUUUUGCUGAAAAUAUAGAAAGCGAUAUCCGCCUUCAUCGUGUUGCUCAUGAAGCAGUCAAAUUAUUCUGCCAAGACAAAGUAUCCGAAAUCCAUCAUUUCAGACAGAGUGGAACUAUUACUAAAGAAGCGCCCGCUUAUGUUGGAUGUCCAGUUUACCAUGUUGUAAAAACUCUUUAUUGCUUCAAGGAAAGAGAAGAUAAAAUUAAAUUGAUUCCACAUCUGAAAGCAUUCCAUGCAGAAAUUAAAAAAAUAUUUCCAGAGCACGUAACGUUACAUUUAAUAAGUUCAAGCUUUGAAAAAACAGAAAUUUCCGAAAUAUACCUGUUUUUUGGCAGAACUUUACGUUACUUUUGUGAUUUUGAGCUCUCUCUGGAAUUCCAAAAUUCAAAUAUUGAGAUAUGGGAAGGUUCAAAAAGAGAUAUUGAUGUGUCCAAAAUAUACACCGAACUUGGGUUAUUGCAUAUGGAUUUAUGUGAAUUAAAAAAAUCAGAAUAUUAUCACGAUCUGGCACUUAAAAUCCGACUGGAAAAAUUAGGUCAAAACCAUGUCAAGAUUGCCGAUUCCUACAACAACCUUGGUAAAGUUUAUUUUGAAAAACUUGAUUUGAUAACAGCCAUGGAUUACUAUCAAAAAGCAUUGGAUAUUCAAAGAGCACAAUUAGAUCCGAAUCACGUUGAUGUGGCUGGGACCUACUGCAACCUUGCUAGGGUAUACCUUGAAAAAGGUGAUGAGCAAAAAGCAAUGGAUUAUCAUAAAAAAACAAUGGAAAUUCGAAAACAACAAUUAGGUCCAAACCAUGUUGAUGUUGCUCAGGCCUACCAUAACCUUGGUGAAGUUUAUCAUGAGAAAGGUGAUCUGGAAAAAGCUAAGGAUUAUUAUCAACAGUCACUAGUAAUUCGAAAACACAAAUUAGGUCGAAAUCAUGUUGAGGUUGCUUCUUCUUAUAACAGUCUUGGUGAAUUGUACCAUGAUAAUGGUGACCUCGACACAGCUAAGGAUUAUUAUGAGCAGGCACUGGAAAUUAGAAAACGACUAUUGCGACCAAACCAUGUUCAUGUUGCUUUGUCUUACAUGAAUCUUGGAAGAGAGUGUCAUCAUAAAGGUGAGCUAAAAAAAGCUAAGGAUUAUUAUCAACAGGCAAUUAAUAUUCAAGAAACAAAAUUUGGGUCAAACCAUGUUGAGGUUGCUUGGUCCUAUGACAACCUCGGUUUGGUGUAUCAUGAUGAAAGCGACCUAGAAAAAGCUAAGAAUUGUUAUGAACGAGCACUGAAAAUUAAAAAAGAACAAUUAGGAGCAAGCAAUGUAGAUGUUGUUAAUUCAUACACCGAUCUUGCUACAAUAUAUCAUGAUAAGGGUGACCUGGACAAAGCAAAGGAUUAUUAUGAACAGGCACUGGAAAUUGGAAAACAGGUAUUUGGUCCAAAGCAUGUUGAUGUUGCUUAUUAUUACAACAAUCUUGGUAGAGUGUGUCGUCACAAAGGUGAACUAGAAAAAGCGAAGCAAUUAUCAUGAACGAGCACUGAAUAUUCAAGAAGGGCAAUUGGGGUCAAACCUUGUUGACGUUGCUAGGUCCCUUGACAAGCUAGGUUUGGUGUAUCAUGAUGAAGGCGACCUGGAAGAAGCUAAGAGCUAUUAUGAACGGGCACUGAAAAUUAGAAAUGAAGAAUUAGGAGCAAGCAAUGCCGAUGUUGUUGAUUCUUACAACAACCUUGCUACAAUGUAUCAUGAUAAAGGUGACCUGGACAAAGCAAAGGAUUAUUAUGAACAGGUACUGGAAAUUGGAAAACGACUAUUAGGUCCAAACCAUAUUAAUAUUGCAAUGUAUUACAACAAUCUUGGUAGAGAAUGUCGUCACAAAGGUGACCUAAAAAAGGCUAGGGAUUAUCAUGAACAGGCACUUUAUAUUCAAGAAAGACAAUUGGGUACAAACCAUGUCGAAGUGGCGUCGACUUGCGACAAUCUUGGUUCAAUCUACCAUGACGAAGGCGACCUGGAAAAAGCAAAGGAUUAUUAUGAACAGGCAAUGAAAAUUAAAAAACAACAAUUAGGUGAAAACCAUCGUGAUGUUGUUCAUUCUUACAACAACAUUGGUAAAAUGUAUCAUGAUAAAGGUGACCUAGACAAAGCUAAGGAUAAUUAUCAGCAGGGACUGGAAGUUGGAAAAAAACAAUUAGGUCCAAGCCAUGUUAACAUUGCUACCUAUUACAACAACCUUGGUGCAGUGUACCAUACGGAAGGUGACCUGGACAAAGCUAAGGAUAAUUAUGAACGGGCACUGGAAAUUGCGGAUGAACAAUUACGUCCACUCCAUGUUAACUUUGCAGACUGUUACUACAACCUUGGUACACUAUACUCCAGAACAGAUGAACUGGAAAAAGCUAAGGAUUGUUUGCAACGCGCACUGGAUAUUCGAAAAGAGCAAUUAGGUCCAAACCAUGUUGAUGUUGCUUGGUCCCUUGACAAGCUCGGUUUGGUGUAUCAUGAUGCAGGCGACCUGGAAGAAGCUAAGAAUUGUUAUGAACGGGCACUGAAAAUUAGAAAUGAACAAUUAGGAACAAGCAAUAUCCAUGUUGUUGAUUCUUACAAUAAACUUGCUAGAAUGUAUCAUGAUAAAGGUGACUUGGACAAAGCAAUGGGUUAUUAUGAGCAGGCACUGGAAAUCGGAAAACAACUACAAGGUCCAAACCACGUAAAUGUUGCUUUGUAUUGCAACAAUCUUGGCAGAGAGUGUCGUCACAAAGGUGACGUAAAAAAAGCUAGGGAUUAUCAUGAACAGGCACUUUAUAUUCAAGAAAGACAAUUGGGUACAAACCAUGUCGAAGUUGCGUCGACUUGCGACAAUCUUGGUUCAACCUAUCAUGAUGAAGGUGACCUGGAAAAAGCUAAAGAUUAUUAUGAACAGGCACUGAAAAUUAAAAAAGAACAAUUAGGUGCAAACCAUCGUGAUGUUGGUUAUUCUUACAACAACAUUGGUAAAAUGUAUUAUGAUAAAGGUGACCUGGACAAAGCUAAGGAUAAUUAUCAACAGGCACUGGAAGUUGGAAAAAAACAAUUAGGUCCAAGCCAUGUUAACAUUGCUACCUGUUACAACAACCUUGGUGCAGUGUACUAUACGGAAGGUGACCUGGACAAAGCUAAGGCUAAUUACGAACGGGCACUGGAAAUUGCGAAUAAACAAUUACGUCCACUCCAUGUUAACUUUGCGACCUAUUACAACAACCUUGGUACAUUGUAUUCUAAUACAGAUGAACUGGAAAAAGCUAAGAAUUGUUUUCAACGCGCACUGGAUAUUCGAAAAGAUCAAUUAGAUCCAAACCAUGUUGAUGUUGCUGAUUCUUACAACCGCCUUUGUUUAGUAUACCUUGAUAUGGAGGAAGAAGAAAAAGCACAGGAUUAUUAUGACCGAGGACAGGGAAUUGAAACCGGGGAAUUGGUACGAAACCACGCCACAUUGUAUGGUAAUAGAGAUGAUUUGCGAAAAGCAAAGGAUUAUCGUGAACGGGGACUGGAAGUUGAAACAGGACAAUACACGCUUCCGGAAAGUACGUUACCUUGGCUAUAAAGCCUCAUUUUCGUGAUUGAGAUGUUAUGCUUUAACUAAUGUCACAUACACCAAAAUGAGGCUGUACAGCCAAAAUGACGUGCUUUUUGAAAUCGUGUAUUAGGUGCAAACGAUGUUGGGGUUGCUGAUUCAAAAAUUAGGUCCAAGCCAUAUGAUGUUGUUGUCGUCUCUUACAUCAACUUUGCUAGAGUGGGAUGACUCUUACAAUUGCCUUGGUUCAGUGUACUUUAAUAUAUGUGAGCUAGAAAAAGCAAAGGAUUCUUAUGAGCGGGGACAGAAAAUUGAAACAGCAGAAUUAGUACGAAGUUACAUUAAGGUUUCUGAUUCUUGCUACAACCAUGGUAGAUUAUAUGGUAGCUCGUGCAG